CGUCUGGCUGCUGCUGCUGCCCCACCAGCACCGCUCGCCUCGUCACUUUCAGUGUUACUGUCUACUUCCCCUCGCCGGAGCUCCGAGCGUCGGACUACAGGCAGAGAAACACACACAGGCUCAGCCAUGGCCGAAAACGCCGGCUUGGAAAACCACCGCAUCAAGAGCUUUAAAAACAAGGGGCGAGAUGUCGAGACUAUGCGAAGACAUCGUAACGAAGUAACAGUUGAACUAAGAAAGAAUAAAAGAGACGAGCACCUACUGAAAAAACGUAAUGUCCCACAAGAUGAAAGCCUUGAGGACUCCGACGUAGAUGCCGACUUUAAGGGGCAAAAUGUAACACUAGACGCCAUCUUACAGAACGCCACGAGUGACAACGCAGUAGUACAGCUCAGUGCGGUGCAAGCAGCCAGAAAGCUACUCUCCAGUGACAGAAAUCCCCCCAUCGACGACUUGAUAAAGUCCGGGAUCCUCCCCAUCCUAGUCAAAUGCCUGGAGAGGGACGACAAUCCCUCGUUGCAGUUUGAGGCUGCCUGGGCAUUGACUAACAUAGCAUCAGGGACCUCAGCUCAGACGCAGGCCGUGGUCAAAUCCAAUGCUGUUCCCUUGUUUUUGCGGCUGCUCCAUUCCCCUCACCAGAAUGUGUGUGAGCAGGCCGUGUGGGCACUGGGCAACAUCAUUGGUGAUGGGCCACAGUGUCGAGAUUACGUCAUCUCGUUGGGUGUGGUCAAACCCCUUUUGUCAUUCAUUAAUCCCUCCAUCCCCAUCACCUUCCUGAGGAACGUCACCUGGGUCAUUGUUAAUUUGUGCCGGAACAAGGACCCUCCCCCACCUAUGGAAACGGUACAGGAGAUUCUUCCUGCACUAUGUGUACUCAUAUACCACACAGACAUAAAUAUUCUUGUAGACACAGUGUGGGCUUUAUCAUACCUAACAGACGGUGGGAACGAGCAGAUACAGAUGGUCAUAGACUCAGGUGUUGUCCCCUUCCUCGUCCCUCUACUCAGCCACCAAGAAGUCAAAGUUCAGACAGCAGCACUGAGAGCAGUGGGGAACAUUGUGACAGGGACGGAUGAGCAGACUCAGGUGGUACUGAACUGUGAUGUGCUUUCUCACUUCCCCAACCUGCUCACACACCCCAAAGAGAAGAUCAACAAGGAGGCGGUGUGGUUCCUGUCCAACAUCACAGCAGGGAACCAGCAGCAGGUGCAGGCUGUGAUAGAUGCAGGCCUCAUCCCCAUGAUCAUACACCAGCUGGCCAAGGGUGAUUUUGGCACACAGAAAGAAGCUGCAUGGGCCAUCAGCAACUUAACAAUAAGUGGAAGGAAAGAUCAGGUGGAGUACUUGGUGCAGCAGAACGUGAUCCCGCCCUUCUGCAACCUGUUGUCAGUGAAGGACUCGCAGGUGGUGCAGGUGGUUCUAGACGGUCUGAAGAACAUCCUAAUCAUGGCCGGCGAGGAGGCCAGCACCAUCGCUGAGAUCAUCGAGGAGUGCGGAGGACUGGAAAAAAUCGAAAACCUGCAGCAGCAUGAAAAUGAAGACAUCUACAAAUUAGCAUUCGAAAUUAUUGAUCAGUACUUUUCAGGAGAUGACAUUGACGAGGACCCAAGUCUCAUCCCCGAAGCUACACAAGGAGGAACGUUCAACUUCGACCCGGCCUCUAACCUGCAAACCAAGGAGUUCAAGUUCUAACAGAGCCAAACUCAGAACUUCAAGCCGGCGGGAGCCCCUGCUGCUCGACCCCCUCCCCGCCGCCCCUCCCCACAAUCCAACCAUCACGAUCAACCAACCAACAAACCAACCGACCGACAACCCACUAACCAGAGAAAAAAAACAAUCAAGACGCUAAAGAAACCAACAAACAAAAACUAGCACUGAAGGAUCUGAGAGCAUCUCUUCUCUCUCUCUCGAGCGUCACCCGGAGUCGGAGCGAAGUCUACACAUUUCGUGAAGAGGAGGGUGAAAGCAAAACGCGCCUCUUCUGUCAUACUGCAGUUGCCAAAAUGAAAGGUUUUUGCUCUUUUUUGCUCACUCGCACAUACACACACAAAAAAACACACACGGACUUGAGUCAUAUGUGUGCAUGAACAUUUCUAGAAACUUCUAACGUUCUACCAGCCAUCAUAUCAGCCGACGAGGAAGAUUGGAGGAAAAAAGACGAUCCCGGUGUUUGAAGGCAGGGAUUUUUUUUGUUUGUUUGUUUUUCCUUUUUUUUUUUUCUUAAUUUCUACAAAUUUUACUCAAGAUGUCACACAAAGCCCGAACAGACACCCAAUCUCAAGACAUCCAGCCUCUGCUCUGGUAAGCCAUGUGGAACCCACUGCCCAUUCUCUGAGGAGUCUGGGGUAUUCUGGACUAGUCUGUGGAGCAGUUUAUUGAGUUAAUUUUUUUUUUCCCCAGAAAACCUGAGGGUCCUUUAUUUAAAACAUGUGCUGUGCAAAACAGGACUUGGAAGAUGCUAGCACCAACUCUUUCUUCUUCAUUUUUUAUGAAGUCAUCAUGAAACCAAGAUUAUUAUACAGAAAAAUGGGAAAAGUACAAAAAAAACAGCAAAUCGCAAAAAAACGAAACAAAAACGAGGACAGGAUGUCUUGUUUAACACGUUCAAUUCACAUAACCCGCAAAAGUAUCGAGUCUUGUGGGCGCCAAUCUCGUUGCCGUGUCGUGAAGCAUGGAAAGACCUCAACCCUACAGAAAUCUGUCAUCCUUACAAAGUGUUAAAAAUGGACUUCGACACAUGGAGGAGGCACUGGAUUAUUCAGUAUGUAUCAUGCUUAGAGGAACACCUCUCUGCGAGGGAAAAAAAUCCUAAUAGGCCUUCAAGACCAGGCCCAUCUUUUUUUCUCUCUUUUCUCCUCCUCUCAGAGGGAAUACAUUUUCUCUAAGUUAAAAAAAAAUAAUAAGGCAUAAGAAUCAUUGGCAGAGGGAAACUUUGCAAAAAAUGAUUGAACUGUGAUUUUUAUUUUAUUUUCUUUUUUUCUUUUUUGUGAUUUGGUGGAGCUUCCACGUUUGCAGCUUGGAUUCAGUCUUAUAUGCACACUUUCGAGUUGUCCCAGUAUAUAUAAAUAUAUAUAAAUAUAUACAUAUAUUAUUUUUUUGGCUCAACAUGCGUGGAAAGCGACAUUCGCUUAAUUUAGACACAAGCAAUGGAAAAAUGGAGAUCCAUGGAAAAGCUGUUUUUUUUUUUCCUUUUUUUUCAUUUAUUUCUUAAAUUUAUUUGCUACAAAACAUAACUGUACAAACUAAAAAUAUAUAGCUUUCUUGAGUUUGAAUUGAGAAGCUGCCACACAUGCUAGCUGUUUGUCGGGACACUUGAGAACAAUAAUAACAUUGUGUUACUCAUUCACAAUUAAUGGGGACUUUGUCUUUUUUGUUUUGUUUUAACAUUCACUUUUUUGUGAUGGAAAACAAUUUAAAAUGAAAACGUGUUGGAAAAAUGGGCUUUCUAACUGUUGUGACUGGACAAUUUUUUUUGUUUUAUUUUCCCUGUGCAUUACAUUGUAAAGGGAUGUACGGAAAACGAAAUGAAAUAUUACAUUUGGACUAAUGUAGUUGUGGUUUGGCUGCAGACUACUGAGGACGAGGAUUCAAGGACAAUUGGCAGCCCUGGCGAUUUUUGGAACUAGCCAUGUAUUGUUGAUGAACAAAAAAAAAAGCCUGCAUAGGUGUGAAAACUCAUGACCUAGACACCUAGAUAAACCGAGCCACUUUAAAGAAUUAAGAAAUUUUUUUGUCUUGUAUCUAAAAUUGAUACAAGCUUAUUUCUGGUUGCAAGAUUUUUACUUGCUGAAGACAAUAAAAGAAAAAAACUAAAGAAAAAAAAAGCAACGUCGCAUUUUGGCCUCUGAUUGUUUGUAUCUUUUUAUAAAUUUUAGCAUUGAAUUACUCUUUAAGGUGGCUCAUCUGUAUUUUUUUCAGCUCUUGUGCAUAUUAAAGAUAAAGGACGAGUUGAAAAUUCAUUGUGCCUUUUGUUUUUCAUUUCGAAGACUGAAAGCAGAGCAAAUCUUUUCUUAAUAGUUAGCGCUUAACAUUGGAGGUGUUUAUAAGAUGAGGUCUCUCGGGUGUCAUGUCUCCGCUUCUCUGGAGUGUUAGGGUGUUUUUAUUUUGUUUGUUUGUUUGUUUGAGGGUUAUUUUCCCUUUUCGAGCCAAUUUACGGCAAAGCUUUCUGCUGUGCUCUGGACUAUACCGUAAUUCUGUUAUACUUCUUCUCUGAUUCCCUGGCUGAUUUGUAACUGGUCUCUUCCAUUCUCCUUCAUUCCCCCUUUUCUUUUGUUUCUUCUUUUUGCUUUUUCUUUCUGUCCUCUGCACUAAAUCUAUCCACAAUUUCACCCCUGUCCAACCCUUUUACUCACCCCUCUUUCCCUCUUCUAGAAACUCUUCAUAACAGGCCAUACUUCACUCAUCACUCCCUCAGGACGUGCUUUAUGUAUCAAUUAUCCUAACCAAAAUAAACUUGCUGUUAGCCAUC